UGUAAACAAAAAUAGUUUUGCGAGUUUUCUGCAGUGCUUUGCGUUCUGAAUGUUAUUGAACAAUUUUUCUAAUAAUCUCAAUUUUUGUUCAACCCAAAUCUAAACCAUGGAAGCAAUUUCCGGCGUUUCGCUGAUGGCAUCAAUGUCUCCCGAUACGGCCUUGAAACUGUUUGAAAAUGGUGCCGUUUUAAUCAUUGCCGGCGUUCCGCCCGGGACCGAGUUCGGGAUCGACCAGUGGUCUUUUGUGGUGGGAGAGAAUUUUCGCGGCGUAAAAAUGAUCCCGGAAGGAGUGCACUUUGUGUACUGUGCAUCCCAGGGCCCGUACGGGGAUGCUGCACCCCGUGUGGGGUUUGUACACUUUUUCCGACGCGGUGAAAUUAUUGUCCGGGAAUGGGACAACGAGAGGGAAGAACUAAAGCCCCGAAUCCACGAUGAUGUCGAGGAGGAGCUUUGUAGAAUUCGAGAAAACCUGAAGAAUCUGGAUAGGUACUUAGCGCCAUAUGACUAUGAUGGACUUGUUAAGUGGAGAAAACUUACCGGAAAUAUCACAGCGGAAACCGUUCAAAGGCAUUCUCCUGAGUGUGGAGUGAUUCGUAAUACCGUGGAGCUUAUGUCGUGCAGUGAUGAGGAACGUCCGAGAGGAGAUUCCCCCUUGUCGACCGUCAAUUCAUCACGACUUUCCAAGAUCCGCUCCCUUAUGAACGAAGAGGAAUUGCUUCCCAAUCUUAAGACACUCCCGGGUUCGGCACCACGUUUUACGACGCUUCCUCCGCGCUGUCCCAAAGACGCCAGUCCUGCAGAAAUUUCUCAGCAUCACAUGGACUCCAUAGCGGCAAUUGAUCAGUUGCUUCAGGAUGGGCGCGAGGAAGCCGUAUUCGCAGAGAUUCAGUUCUCCUUUGUACUGUUCCUGAGUGGACAUUCCGUGGAGUCACUAAAUCAUUGGAGGAAAAUCUUACUGCUUCUAAGCAACUCGGAGAAAGCAGUGGAAGAAUACCGUGGCUUUUUCCGCAAUUACCUGACCGCACUCCAGUACCAGUUACCCGAGCUGCCAGUGGAACUGAUGGAGCAAACGGAGUCGAACACAGUCUACCUGGACGUGCGGAGAUUGCUCCUGAACAGCUAUCACGCCGGCAUUACCGCUGCGGCUCAAAGCUUGGAGAAAAGUUUGAAAGGUACGUUACUUUGGAGGUUUGAAAAUUUAUUCGAAGAAGAUCCGGAGGACUUGCCAACUGUGGUGGAUGUCGAGUAAAGAUAAUGAAACCCAUGAAAA